UUUUUUUCUUUGUGGGGAGCCGGAAUUGAUCCACGUAGAGAGGACUGACUUCCUAAACCAUUUGCUAUAAAAGCCUUCGACAUCAGAGGAAAAAGACAUCAGUUUCUAAACUGUAACAACCAACCCACAGCUCCUCCAACAUGAAGUUCCUCUUUUUGAUUGCUGUUUUGGCCGUAGCUGCCGCAUACGAUUCUCCAAGCUACGAAUCCAUGAAGUACGAGGCUCCUAAAUACGAAGAACCCAAAUACGAAGCCCCUAAAUAUGAGACUCCCAAGUACGAGGCUCCCAAGUACGAGGCUCCCAAGUACGAGGCUCCCAAGUACGAAGCUCCCAAGUACGAGGCUCCCAAGUACGAAGCUCCAAAAACCGAGUCCCCAAAAUACGUGGCUCCAAAGUACGAAGAACCCAAAUACGAAGCACCUAAAUAUGAGGCUCCCAAAUAUGAGGCUCCCAAGUACGAAGCUCCCAAGUACGAAGCUCCAAAGACCGAGGCUCCAAAGUACGAGGAGCCAAAAUAUGAGGCUCCUAAAUACGAGGCUCCCAGGUAUGAGGCUCCCAAGUACGAGAGCCCGAAAUACGUAGCCCCGAAAUACGUGGCCCCAAAGUACGUGACUCCGAAAUACGAAGAAGUCAAAUACGAUUCUCGCCCCUACAAAUUCGGUUACAACAUCAAGGACGAAGAAACAUACUCUGAUUUCUCGUUCUCAGAGAAAAGUGACGGCAACGUAGUCAGCGGCUCUUAUCGUGUUGUCCUUCCUGACGGACGCACUCAGAUCGUCAACUACAGAGCUGACAAGAAUGGCAAUGUUGCUACCGUUACGUACGAAGGCGAAGCUAAAUACCCCGAAUUCAUCGAACCGGAGUACAAACCCAGCCGUUACGUUGCUCCAGUAUACUCCGCACCGGCGUACACGGCUCCAUCUUACGUCGCUCCGGAAUACAAGACUCCAGCACCCGUUUACUCCGCCCCGGCUCCGACUUACGCUACACCGGAAUAUAAGGCUCCCGUCACCGCUGCUCCCGCAUACAAAGCUCCUGUUUACGCAACUACGGAAUACAAGACUGAGGCUCCCACCUACACUACGCCUUCAUACAAAGCUCCUGCCUACCCCGCUCCGGUAUACGAAACCGCGGCCCCGGAAUACAAAGCUCCGGCUUACGUGGCCCCUACUCCAGCCAAUGUAGCUCCUGCAGUCACUUACGCAACUCCUGCUGCCACCUAUGACGUUCCGGAAUACAAGGUGGUCGUUACAGCAGCUCCAUCAGCUUAUCCUGCUCCGGAAUACAAGGCUCCAGAUCCCGCUUACGCUCCGGAAUACUAGGAUUUUCCCUGCCGAAUGUGUUCUGCCAUAUUUUAAUUAAUUUAAGACCGCGCUCAAAUUUAUUCAACGACAGGCCGAUCGAUGUUUCGUGACAGUCUGAGUUGUAAUUAUGUAUAAAUACAAGUUGUUCAACAAAAAAAUUACGUUACAUUCUUUGAUUUGAUAUACAACUACUAGCUACUUUCUACGUGAUCCAUCAACAGUUGAGCGUGUAUAAAAAUCCCAAUCUUGCAAAUGAAGUAUUUAAUUAAUAGAA